AGUGGAAAGAACAGUACGAUGCCAGAAAAUACCUUACCAGCUUGCCUGAAUGCAGCGGCCGAUGCACCGGAAUGGUUGACCGAUAAGUAUGUGGAACAAAAGUUGCGCUGUGCGUUUAAGGAUGUAUCGAUCAAGGUGCGCCAGCUGAAAAUAUACUAUGCUGUGCCGAGAGGUAACAACUAUGCUAGCAUCAUCUUUCGUAUCGGUGUUACGUAUCACUCCAAACAACAGUACGAAGUCACAAACAGCUUCAUUGUAAAGGGCAUGAUCACUGAAGGACUAGCGGGGGAAAAGCUUCGUCAGUACGAUGUACAGCGCAAGGAAAUGGACGUAUAUCAGUUUGUCAUUCCCGAGUUGAAGCUGAUGAUGAAAACCAUCGGUGAAGCGGGUGAGCUGUAUCCUACCGCUCUAACGGUGGACCGCAAGCAUGAAGUGAUCGUUUUUAAGGAUCUCGCCCCGGAAGGAUACCGGAUGGUGGAUCGUACGCAGGGCAUGGACAUGCAACACAUGAAGAUGGCCAUCAAGCUGAUGGCGAAGAUGCAUGCUGGUUCGUUGAAGCUGCAGGAACGACAGCCCAAUAUUUUCAAACCGUACGACAGGAGCAUCGUAACGCGCCAGACGGAUGCAUUCUAUCCGAUGUUUAUCCACAUCUUCAGCGCGCUCACCGACGAGGUCGGCAAAUGGGGCCCCGAAUGGCAGUACUAUCAUGCGAAGCUGCAAACGCUCGGGCCUAACUUUAUCGAGUACGCGCAGCGCGUGAUAGACAAUGAUCCUGUUAGUGAGGAUUUGUGCGUUUUCGUGCAGGGUGAUUUGUGGGUAAACAAUUUCCUGUACAAGUAUGAUACGCACGGCCACCCGAUCGACGCGGUACUGCUAGACUUCCAGUACUGCACCUAUGGAUCGCCGAUGAUCGAUUUUUGCUACCUUUACUACACCUCGGCCCGGGAUGACAUUAGACAGUGUUGCUUCGAUGAGCUACUGCAGUACUACUACUAUCAGCUGACAGACUUUGCCCGACGGUUGCAAUACCGCGGCAAACUUCCAACGCUCUACCAGUUCCUGCAGCAAUCGCUUCGGAAAAUGUUCUACGCCGUGUACUCGACCUUUAUCGCACUACCGGUACAAAUGAACGAAAACACAGAAAACGCCGACUUCGAUGCGCUAAUGUGUAGCGAUGAGCGGGCCCUGAGCUUCAAGCGGAUGAUAGUGGCGAACGUUAAAUAUCAUGCCAUCCUUCGCGGGCUGCUUCCCCAGUUCGAUCGGAAGGGACUUCUGGACAAGUUAGACUAGAAUGCUGAAGAUUUCCUGAAGUCUUCGACAAGCAUCUCAUGUUUCCAAGCGUCUAUUUUACAUCCCAAUAAACAAAAACUCAGUGAGGACCGUCACAAGUCUAGCAAGUCUCAAAGUCUCUAAAAUAGAGGGUUGAGCUGCCACCGGAAAUCCCUUACCUAAAUAACUCACACCAAAACUGAUUAGCGGCCUAACGGGUGGGUAGUGAAUUAUUGAUAAGAACACACACCUUCCCCCCACUGAAAUCCGUCAUAAUGCAAACUGAUAACACACCGCUGUACGGAACCGCUGUCAAAUGUUUUCGACUAAACGAAUCGAAAAGAGGUCCGGGAACUAAUAUCAUGAUGUAUUUCUUAGGGUUUUAUUUCUUGGUUUGGGGCAGUUAGUACAGAACGGUGUCAAAAGCAAGGCCUGGAGUUCGAGACGAACGCAUUGAUAAUGUGAAGAAAUACUGAAAUUUGUCUUACGAACACAUCAGCCGGCGGUGUUAGCCAAAAGAUAACGCUCCUUGGAAGGGUUAUCCACUGACCGCACCCGCCAUAAGCCGCGGUAACAGAA